GACAUUUUGUAAUUUGGGAAAUGGGGGAGAGGAGAAAACGACGACGGAUCCGAUGCAAUCAAUGAUCUUUUUGGUUGCGUUUACUCGGGUCAUUUUCGUUCCAAAUUUCCCUUAAAACCGAACUGGGGGCUUGUAACCACUUAACCAUAAAUGCCCGAGGGUUCAUAAGAAUUAUAUAAAUCCCACCAGAGUGUUCUUCCCAGGAAAAGGCCUUUCACGGACUUCGCUUUCCACAUUCCCAAACGUUCAGCUGCCUUGUGCGUCAACAACCUCGGAUAAAAUUAUGUCCAAAUAAGAUCCAGAUAUCAGAUUGAAGAGAGAAAGCGAAGAUGAGUGAGAGCCAGAGGUUUCAUCUUGGGACCAUUGGGGCUUUGAGCUUGUCAGUGGUGUCGUCGGUCUCUAUUGUGAUUUGCAACAAGGCCCUCAUUAGCACGCUUAAUUUCAGUUUUGCCACAACCUUGACAAGUUGGCACCUUCUUGUCACGUUUUGUUCUCUUCAUGUGGCAUUAUGUUUGAACUUGUUUGAACACAAACCUUUUGAUGCAAGAGCUGUAAUGGGUUUUGGCAUACUAAAUGGAAUCUCCAUUGGACUUUUAAAUCUUAGCUUGGGUUUCAAUUCUGUUGGAUUUUAUCAGAUGACAAAACUGGCGAUCAUUCCCUGUACUGUUCUUUUGGAGAUUAUUUUCUUUAGGAAGAUAUUCAGUAGGAGCAUCCAGUUUUCCCUUGCCAUCCUUCUUCUGGGCGUUGGGAUUGCAACUGUGACUGAUCUUCAACUCAAUGCCCUCGGCUCCUUCUUGUCUUUUCUUGCAGUUAUCACAACCUGCGUUGCUCAGAUUAUGACUAAUACCAUCCAAAAGAAGUUCAAAGUAUCUUCAACCCAACUUCUUUAUCAGUCUUGCCCCUAUCAGGCAAUAACUUUGUUCGUCAUUGGCCCAUUUCUAGAUGGGCUUUUGACUAAUAAAAACGUUUUUGCUUUCAAGUAUACCCCUCAAGUGCUGUUCUUCAUUGUUCUAUCCUGCAUGAUUUCUGUCUCUGUAAACUUCAGUACAUUUCUGGUUAUUGGAAAGACAUCUGCAGUCACCUAUCAGGUCCUUGGACAUCUGAAAACUUGCCUAGUUUUGGCCUUUGGCUAUGUUCUACUUCAUGACCCAUUUAGCUGGCGCAAUAUUUUAGGGAUUUUGAUUGCUGUAGUUGGGAUGGUAGUCUAUUCUUACUGCUGUACCCUCGAGAGCCAGCAGAAGGCUGCUGAAGCAUCUGCACCAUUGACCCAGGCAAAGGAAAGUGAAGCUGAUCCUCUUUUAACCGUAGAAAAUGGAACAGGGAUUUUAGCUGAUGGUGUUGUUCCAAAAGCCCCUGUAUGGAAAUCAAACAAGGACCUACAUGCGUAAAGCCUUUGCAAUCAUUGAUUAUUAUUUUUCCAUAGAUCAAAAUUGGUGGAUAAAAUAGUCCAGCGAUGAAGAUGUUGCUGGAAAGGCCAUCCAUGUGCUGCCUAGCGAUGAUUGAUUUGGCUAGCUGAGGACCGUGUCGAAUUUUCAGAGUUAAAAAGAAAUAGUGCCUUCUUAUAUAGCAGUUUUGGUUAAUAGUUCGUUAUGAUCAGGCUUCUUAAUGGAACUCAUACCAGAAUUAAUAUGUCAAUUGUAUACUUUUACUUCCAAAUGCUAAAAAAUUUCUUUAUUUCUCACA